AUGCCACACCGCGACGCGGGUCUCUUCCAAUACACCAGUGGCCGUUGGCUAUGGGACGAGGAGCAGCAACUUCGAGAGCGAUUUUCGCCUUUCAAUGUGCCCGAGUUGCAGAAAAUUGCAGCACAAAGUGUCGGAGCAGAUACAUGUACCGCAAUUACAAAAUUAGCCGAAGGAUCAUUCAACAAAACUUUUAGACUUCAAAUGAAUAAUGGAUUCUCUGUGAUUGCAAGAAUAUCUCAUCCUAUCGCUGGGCCUAAAUACUAUACUACGGCGUCUGAAGUUGCAACAAUGGAAUUUGCCCGUACAAUCCUCGGAAUACCAACACCUCAAGUAUAUGCUUGGAGCGCUAAUGUGAAUAAUGCUGUCGGUUCUGAGUAUAUUAUAAUGGAAGAAGCCUCCGGUACCAAGCUGGAUGAUAUAUGGGACGUCAUCCCUCUUGAAGAGAAGAUAGAGAUCAUGAAGGAUCUUGUCCAAUUAGAGAAGAAGAUGCUCCAGGUACCACUGAAUAACUAUGGUAGUUUAUACUUUGCGAGUACUGAUAUCAGAGGUGCCACGCCAGUGGACACAUGUACGGAUGUAUCUUCGGAUCUCAAGGACAAGAUAAAUCGCCGAUUUGUCAUUGGCCCAGUCGCGGAAAGACAAUACUGGUUCAAAGAACGUGCAGAGAUGGUUUUGGAUCGUGGACCGUGGAAACAACCGCAGGAUUACGUUCUCUCUCUGGCCCAUCGAGAAGAGGCAUGGAUCCAGAAAUAUGCAACACCCAAAGACGAUGCGCUAGUGACCUCAGCCACGCAGAAUUCACCCAAAAGCCAUAUUGAUUUACUACAUAAGUAUCUUAAAGUGGCACCUUAUCUUCUCCCAGAUGCUCCUGCAGUAGUUGCACCAUAUAUUUGGCAUACAGAUCUACAUGCUGGAAACAUCUUUGUCCAAAAGGGAAAAGUUUCCAGUGUGAUAGACUGGCAGGGUCUGUGGGCAGCACCGUUAAUACUUCAAGCACGCCAUGCAAGACUAGUUGAUUAUAAUGGGGAGGUCAUUUUAAAAGCUCCGGCGAAUUUCACAGAUCUUGAACCAGCAGAAAAGACUCGAAUUAGAGGCCUUAUGAGUAGCUCGAUACUACUCUACCUCUACGAAAAGCAGAUUGCUAAAGAUAUACCUCUUCUCAAUAAAGUCCUUCGAUUUGAUUACGGCAGGAUACGGUGCGAACCCAUCCUAUUUGUGGGUGACACAUGGGAUGAUGAUAUCAUUCCCUUGCGAGAAUCAUUGAUAAGGCUCGAGAGAAGCUGGAAUGAGUUGGGAUUUGAUUUUCCAUGCCCUAUCCAUUUUACAAAGGAUGAUCUUCGCAUUCAUACAGAAGAAAGUGACGGGUGGAACAACGUUCAGGAGUUUUGGGACUCGGUUGCGCAUAUAGUAUCAAGAGAUGGUUGGACACCACAUCAUCUAUAUCACAAUGCCAUUUCUCUUUUUACGGAGUUACGAGAUAUUGGCCUCAAAGGUUUGGUAGGCAAGGAGAGAGACACAUUCGAAAAACAGACGCAGUGGGUCAAGAAGCAUUAA